GUAUCACCUAAAAUGUAAGAGAUACCAGUAUGUACAUAUAUCCUUUAUUGAAUAAUUUGUUUUUAAAGCAUACAAUUUUACUUCAAUAUAUUGUAAUAUAAAUCUAUGUAUUUCAAGAAAUCAUAAUGCAUAAGUAUUAUGAAGGAUUUGUUACUUGUUAUUAAAGUUAUUAUAUUUUUACUAAACCGUAAAUUUUCCAUCUCUUUUUAGUUUCUUUUUUUAUCAUUUUGGCAGCCCUGUUUUAUAACUUUCAUUUUUAUUUUAUUCCGCUAUACAAUUUAGGGAACCGUAACAACGACGGACAUUAAUUACUCGUUACUACCAGCCAAUUACAUCUCAAUUACAAUAUCCUGCCCCAUCGUGUUGAAAAUAUCUGAUUCCGUUAGAUCUAACCGCCAUAUUGUAUAGCUACGAUUCGACCAAUGAGAGAGCACGCAUUAGGAAUGCACCUGGGCAAAACAGGUAAGAAACGAACAGGCAAAGAGCAAUCAGGUAGUCGUUCAGGUAUUUCCAGUCGAGCAUGUUCGGCACGUAGCUCUCUGCCAAAAGCUUCUCCUCCUUCUCUUUUCUCUUUCUUUUUUCUCUUUUAGUGUGUGCAUAUUGUGAACAUUUUGUAAAUAGAUAAAGGAUAAACGAUUGUCUGGUCACAAUGCCGUACUACAACAGUGGACACAGUCCUUCCACCUAUAAUAAAGAUGGAGGGUCGAGUGGUCCAUCGAGCACAUCGGGCGGCCGCGUGAGCAGUUCCGAGCCGACGUACAUGAUGGAGCAUUUGGCCACGUUCACGGUCACGAAGGAAACCGGUAUUGUUUAUCCAGCGGACGGUAUGCGGCGACUUUUGCAGUUGGAGAAGAGUAACGGCAUCUGGAGUCAAAAGAUGCAGCUCCGUCUGGAACGGAACUGGGUGCUGAUCAUGGACAACGAGACGGGGGCCGUCAUGGAGCGAUUCCCAGCCUCGUUGAUACAGGAACCGACCGCGUUCACGUCGAGGGACCCUAUGGAGAUGUAUAACAACAUUCUCGUCUUCACAGUGGCGGAUGACAGUGGUUCCGGUCAACGGGCAGAAAUGCAUAUAUUCCAGUGUCAAAGCGUCUCGGCACAGGAUCUCGUCGAGGAUCUAAAGAUGCUACAAAUGGGUAAACUGGUACCCGGUGGUUCGCCAAGGGGACCGAGAGGUCGUAUACCACCGCCUCCUACUUUACCACCGCCAGAACCACCCUUAAACGGGGUUAACGUCCGAGAACAAGUAUCUGCCUUUAACGCCAACAAUGCCGACGGUCAAAACGAUAUAUCUCGCGAGGAGAACAACGACGAGGUAUCUUCGACGUCCUCUGAGAAAUACGAACGCGACGUAACCAUUCUGAACCAUUGUUUCGACGACAUUGAGAAAUUUAUCGCGCGUCUGCAACACGCAGCGGCUGCUUCCAAAGAGUUGGAACGUCGAAGGCGCAAUCGGAAGUCGAAGAAGAGAAAUCUGGGCGAUGGGAUGCUAACAAUGAGGGCGAAACCACCUCCGGAGAUGGAAUUUAUCGAUAUAUUCCAAAAGUUUAAGCUGUCGUUCAACUUGCUAGCCAAACUGAAGGCUCACAUUCACGACCCUAACGCUCCUGAACUGGUACACUUUCUCUUUACGCCGCUGGCUUUGAUCGUGGACGCGUCUCACGAUACUAAUUACGAUCCGAACUUACCGAGCAAAGUGGUAUCGCCGUUAUUGACUAGGGAAGCGGUUAACUUAUUGAUCAAUUGUGUCACCAGUAAAGAAACAGAGCUUUGGCAUUCACUGGGCGACACGUGGUUAAUACCACGCGAUCAAUGGAAAGGUCACGUUCCCCCGUAUCACCCUAUAUUUAUGGACGGUUGGUCCCCGGAGUAUCCGAUACCAGAGGAUAGAGACCACGAUCAUCUGGCUUCCUUGUUAAACGCUGACAAACAAAAGAGGGACGAGCUCCCUGAACAACAAAACGAUCCGUACUAUAACCACCGAGAAGUGGACGAGUCUCAUUAUAGCAGCGAUUACUUAGAGUACGAGAGUAGAGAAGAGCGUGCUGGUAACGAGUACUUUGAUAGAAAUUACGGGACUGCCUCGGAGUUGUAUGGUAGAGAAGAAAGAGUAGUCGAUCAAACGAGAGCGCACAGCGAUAUAUCCGUGGACUCGAUCGAAAGAACACCGAGAGCCGCCGGUAUGGAAAGGGCUCAGGAAGCUUGGUUAGACGAUCUGGUAGCCAGACACGCGAAGAUCGUACAGGUUACCUAUCCGAGGACGGCGAACAAUGAUAAGGAGUUGACCGUUGUCAGAGGCGAAUACCUGGAGAUCCUCGACGAUAGCAGGAAAUGGUGGAAGGCGAGGAAUUCGAGAGGGCAGGUCGCGCACGUGCCUCACACCAUCGUCACGCCUCACAAUCCAUCUCAUUCUAACGAUAACGACGUCUUCAACAAUCCUUUGUACACGAGCCGAUACCCGCGACAGGGGCACGGCUAUAAUUACGAGGAUUCCGAAAUCGAAAGGACCAGCACUAGUCCAGGACCAGAAGCCACUCAUCGAACACACGCGAUCCCACCGCCUGCACCCGCAGAUUGGGUGAGAAAAGAGAGACUCGGGAAAAAAGAUGAAUCUAGCGAAGAGACGAAGUCUAUCGGUAGCAAUAAAGUGUCAUUCGCCAUUGAUUAUGAAACUAAUGAUGAUAAAAAGGAAUCGCCUAUCGAUAGACCGGAAAUCAGAGAUAAGAAACCAAAGUCCAACGAAUUGACGCAAGUGGUUGAAAUUCACCCACCACCUCCGUAUGCGAACGAUGAAAUUGUGCCGGAAAUACCAACAACACCAUCGACAUUGGUAACACCUUUUGUACCACCGCCACCUCCACCGCCUCCUCUAGAGAAUGAGUUAUCCAUUUCUUCGACAACUUCGACCAUGUCGUCUGUUACAUUGAAGAGUAAUCAUUCAAUUAGCGGAAAGAAAACCGAGAAGGAAAUGCAACAGGAACUGAGACAAGUAUUAAUGAUAUUCCGUGAGAAGAAGGAGCAUUAUAACGAUAGUAUGAAUCGCGAACCUGCCUUGGACAAAUAUUCCACCCCUCGAGAAGUACAGUAUUGGCUGGCAGCCAAAGGAUUUUCAGAAAAAACUUGUAAACAGCUAAGGGAUAUGACUGGUUUGGAGGUAUUCGAUUUAACUAAACGACAACUGGAACAGUAUUGCGGUAUUGCAGAAGGUAGCAAACUCUAUGGUCAAAUUUUAGCUGCACGAACUGAAAGCGAGAAGCAUCCUCGGAUGUCAGAAUUAAAACAAAUAUUGGAGAAAGCUCGACAUAAAGUUGAAGAACAAUGAAACAUUCACCGCCAAAUACUCCAUAGAAAUAUACAAUAAGAAUUGUACAUAUCUUCCGAUUGUAUGUAUUUAAAAUCACACACAUACAUCAAGAAAUUAUGAAGCAAAAUGAAUUAUGAGCAAUAUCACAUACACCGGUAAAUAUGUACUUAGGCAUUUUUACAAAUCAAAUAUUUAACUGAGAUUCUUUAUUCCAUUUUCUACAAUACGUUGAUACAUAUAUACCAUUAAUGACAACAGGCAAUGUUUGUCAAUAUCCGUAAGAAACAUCAUUCUCCAAGUAACAACGUGAUAUUUCCACGACGAGUGUUAUUAGUAGAAAAUUAGAAACGUCAGUUCAAUAUUGAUGUCAAGUCUUUAUUUCAAGCGAUCACAUACAUUGUAACAGACAUAAAUAGGUACUCUAGCUGUAUCAUUCAUUAUAUCGAUAAACUAUACACUUCUUUCGAAUACUCGACUCGAGGUCACGCAACGUGAACACAUUGAUAAUUAUAUUUUUAUAAAGGUAAAUCUGUUAUAAAGCCCUCACAAUAUUUGUCAUUUAAAUAAUAAAUUCCCGUACAAACUUUUAUAUUAGCAAAUGGAAUACAGUAAUGCACCUAUCGAAUGCGUCAAUGUAAAACUUUUUACAAAGAAAUAGAAAUGAUUGCUAUUGAACGAACGCAACAUGCACAAUAACGGUGUUAAGACUUAAUGAACGUUAAUAGUCUACAGGCUAUAAAAAGAAACGGAGACAACGCUUUUCAUUAAAUCGUAUGAUACGUUGAACAAAGUGAAAUCGUUUUCUGGUUAAUCAAGCUCCAAGCAGUCUUAUAUAAUCAAAUACGUCCAGCUAUAUAAUUAUCGUUAGAAGACAAAACAACGGAUCUAGGGAAACGUUUUCGUAAUAGAAUUAUUUCGGUAAAAUAAUUGCAACGUAUCGCCUAUAAGAUUACUACCAUAAAUUAUUUCAAAAUAUAACGAAGCAUGUUGCUUUCCGUGAUCCCUAACAACUUAUUACACAGACUCUACGCGUGUAUGUAGAAACUCUUAAAAACGUUCCUGAAAUUUCGAUACAAAAUCUACGUUGAAAAACUCUCAGACAUCUUGUUCUUAAAUGCGAUCUAAGUCUCGUCCUAAAAAUGCGUCACAACGUUAUUCGCGUUUUCUGUAAGUGCUACGAUAGUACCAAACAUUUUGGUCAUUUACGAGUAGCUCAGACAAGCCUCUUACGCUCGUAAAAUUUCGAGUUUAUCCACCUUAUACGAUAAUAAUUACGUAAUGAAUAUUUAUUAUGCGACGAUUAUUACUGUUUAGUAUCAUUUACCCUUAAUGUUAUUAUUAUUGUUAAAAUCAUUAUCGUUAACUUUACUUUCGUAGACGUACGUGUCUUAAGGAUUUAAUAAAAGUAUCAUUGGAUACAUUAUUUCAUUGACAGAGUUUUCUUUAAAAAAGAAAUGGGUAAUCCUUGCAACGUGUUAAAAAUCGGAAUGUAGGAUUUAUGUUAUUAAAGUAUUGAAAAAACAUUCUUUUUUCACGCAACAUGUGACUCGACUAAUUAAAUCAAAUAGUACUAAGUGACUUUGUAAAUAUAUCUUUUCAUGUAAAAUUUUGUAACAGCAAUCGUAAGCGAACAAGUGUGCGUUCUUGUCAAAUACAUCACAUUAACGUCUUCCUUCCGGCACAAUGUUGUUAAUUUGUGAUCUUUAGCGUCUUUGUCUGCGUGAUCUAUUUAUGAAUUUGUGCGUAUUUCAGUUAAUAUAAUAUUAUUACAAGCUUAUCGUUGUUAAACGCUGAAAUUUUCUUCGUUUUGGUAAAUUUUCAAAAGUUUGUACAUUUUUGAAGCAGAGAAAUGCUACUCUGUAUCAUCGAAACAGGAAAAACUCCUAAUGCCAAAUAUUUAAUUACGUUACUUGUUUCAAUAUUAUCGUAAGUUUCAAGAUCACUUUAUCGUUUGAACUAUUCUAAACUCGCAAAUAUUCUACAACUAUGGUAAAAAUAUAGUGAAAAUUAUUCAAAAGAUUUCCCGUUUUUCAUUUCUCAACCAUUUGUUCAAACUUACAGACUUCAUCCUUUUAUAUGAUAAUUAAAUUACAUAUCAAUAUCUGACGAACAUUCAAAUGUAACUUCGCAUAUAUAGUUUAUAACACGAUUACUUAAUCCUUUGCAAAAUAACAAUCUUUCAAGUUCCUCGAAUUGUUAAACUAAGGAUUACUUUAAUAUUUACACUCAUUACAAUUAACAAUAUAAUUAACCGAAACGUAACGCUAGACUGUGAUAGAGAAACAAAACAAUUAUUGUUUAAUCGAGGAUUGACUUAAAAUUAAUGGUACGGUGUUCGAUUCUACGGUUAAUGAUAGCAUAUAAAAUAUAUAAUAUUAACAUUAUGCCCGUAAAACAGUUGCAUGCCAGUAGUGAACCUCGAUUAAAUGAGAGCGAAACAACAUUUUUUUUUGUAAUAUGUACACCGAGCAUAUAAUGAUGUUUACGUCAUCGUAUGAUAUCAGUGAUGAAACCGAUGAUGAUCAAUGUAUACCGGUGUUAUAUAACUUAUUAGACGAUACGGAAACAAAGUUACAAUAACAACUGAUUUCAACAACAGUGAAAUGUACGAAUUAUGUUCGGUGACCAAUAAUCGUUCGUUAAUGAUCAACUGUCAUUAUUAAGUUUUACCAAAUAUGUAGGGUAUUUUCGAUCAUGUAAAAUGACUUUAAAUAUUACAUUACAGAUGCGAAUAUUGUUUUGGAGUAAUAUAAUUAUGCAAUAAAUAAUUUGCAUAUCAGCUUGACCUUAGAAUCAACAGAAAUACGUACAUUUUAAAAAAAUUUUACAUCUUUUUUAUUUGUUUUUCAAAAUAUCUAGAAAAGCAGUAAGUAACUCCUUACUUAUAGUUUCACUGUAGAAAAAACAUAAAUAUAUAAAGUAUACAUAUGAAAAUGAAACCACAUUGAUACCCGUACGUAAUUCCGUUAUUCCUUAUAGUAUAUAAUAAAACAACAUAUUAUACAAACAAACGAGAUGAGUUUGCAGAACUCAAAGAGAUUGUCCAAGAAGAACGGUAAAAUAAACCUUUAAUCUGCUAGAUACUCAACAGAUACAUAUAUCUAUUGCACGAAGGGUAAAGUCGACGAUGCGAGAUAAGUGCGAGUGACGAAAACGCGUGAACGUUCCAAGGUCAAAGAAUGAAGCGUACGGUACACAGAGAGCGGGCAAUGAAGCGAUAGUGAAGCGAAAAAUAGUGUGAUAGAUGAAAAUACGAACGUACGCUCUACUGACCGGUGGCAUCCAAGUCCUCCUUUGAUGGAACAGACC